CGCCGCCGCGCGUCGCGGCGCCACGUGUGGAGCCCGGCAGCAAGAGCGUCGCGGGUCCCUGGCACUUGCCAGACAAAAGCACCAUGAGUUUCGUGGCGUAUGAGGAGCUGAUCAAGGAAGGUGACACAGCCAUCUUGUCAUUGGGCCAUGGUGCAAUGGUGGCAGUACGUGUGCAGCGUGGGGCACAGACCCAGACCCGGCAUGGUGUUCUGCGGCACUCAGUUGACCUCAUCGGCCGCCCCUUUGGCUCCAAGAUCCUGUACUCCACUGACAUCGCCCUGCUCACCAUGAUGCUGGAGCUUCGGCCCGGCUCUGUGGUCUGUGAGUCCGGCACCGGCAGCGGCUCCGUGUCCCAUGCCAUCAUCCGCACCAUUGCUCCCACGGGCCACCUGCACACAGUGGAGUUCCACCAGCAGCGGGCAGAGAAGGCUCGGGAGGAGUUCCAGGAGCACCGCGUGGGCCGCUGGGUAACUGUGCACACCCAGGACGUGUGCCGCAGCGGCUUCGGCGUGAGCCACGAGGCCGACGCCGUCUUCCUGGACAUUCCGUCACCGUGGGAGGCUGUGGGCCAUGCCUGGGAUGCCCUCAAGGUCGAAGGUGGGCGCUUCUGCUCCUUCUCGCCAUGCAUCGAGCAGGUGCAGCGCACGUGCCAGGCACUGGCGGCCUGUGGCUUCACGGAGCUGAGCACCCUGGAGGUGCUGCCGCAGGUCUACAACGUACGCACCGUCAGCCUGCCCCUGCCAGACCUGGGUGCCGGCACAGCCACCCCUGCCAGCUCUGACGCCGGCCCCUUCCGCAGCGGCACGCCCAUGAAGGAGGCCGUGGGCCACACUGGCUACCUGACCUUUGCCACCAAGACCCCGGGCUAGUGGCUGCUGCCUGGGAGCAUGAGGGAGCUGGGAGCACUGUGGGGCCCAGGCAGGGAGGCCAGAGACCACCUUAUAUGGUCAGGGGACGCCUGCUGGUGCCUGCGGUUUAGAAACAGACGGCGGGGCGGGGCUUGGGGGCCUCCUGGGUGGCUGAGUGGUGGAGGAGCAUCGGCCUGUCCUACUGCCUGCGCCUGCGUCACUGCCAAGCUCAGCGGCCUGGUCCUCGCUGCUGUUUGUUGCCAACGUGAAGUCUGCACUGCCACGGGCUCUCCUAGGUGUUGAGGCCCAGGAGGCGGGGUCCGAGCUCCUCCCCAGGUGGCCCAAGCAGGCAGGCGGUGGAGGAGGGCAGAGGCCCUGCUACAUCUGACCCCAGGGCUCUGGCCAUCCCCAGUGUUUAUGGGCCGGCUUGUCGGUCCCUGGGCCAAGGCUCCAGUGCUGGUGGUCCCAGGGCAUGGCCGGAAGCUGGGGUGGGGCUGACCAGAGAGCCCUGCCCUGCCCCUCUGUUCUCCCCAGUGCUUCUGGGGACCGGGGAAGGUGACCCAGCCUCUCGCCUCCAGGCUGACCCCACAGCAUUGGACACCGCCUAGGUCUAGUAUGUUCCCUCGUGUCCAAGGGGCAGGGGGCAGCCCCUGCCUGGCCACGCCCCUUGACGUGUCAUCAGUGAGGUCAUGUGUCACACAGAGGAACAGAGCAGGACAGUUAGUUAUUUGCUUUGAAUGAUCCAGGAAGUCCGUGUUGGAGCUGGGAUUUGGACCAGCCUGUGAAUCCCAGACCUACACGGGCACCCCUGCCUCUCACAGGAGCCCCGGCCCUGGAGGCCCCAGAUAGGGACAGCAGUGCAGGUGCGAGAGGCGGGUGUAUCCAGGCCAGCUCCCAGAGACGGCACCUUGGUCGCCACCACUGGAAGGCAGAGGGACUGUUUCCUGAGGGGAGGACACGGGAUGCUUAGGCUGGGGGCACUCAUCACUUGCUCUGCUGCGUGGCCCUGGGCCUGGCUGCCCUCUGGUGCGCAGCGGUAUCCCGGGAGGACCAGCACCAGUGUCAGGCCAUGAGGCUUCCCUGCAGCUGUCACUGGUGCACGGAGGGCCUGUGUGCCUGCCUAGGUAGCCAGCAGCUGUUGGGGGCCUCAGUUUCCCCUGUGCUGGGGAGGGAGCCUUGGCAGCUCCCCGUGUGGGCACGGGGUUGGCCCUCGAGUACAGCUGACAACAAUAAAUGUGC